AUGCCUCCACCACCAGAUCUGUCAUCCUUUCGUCUCUCAGACGAAGACUCCCAACGCAUCUUCACCACCGAAAUCUUGCCCGCCGAGUUCUGCCACCUCCCUUCUCACCACGCGCCCCCAACGCCGCCGCCCCUCGCCGUCCUGGUCGUCGGCCAAACAGGCUCGGGGAAAACUCGCCUCUCCCCUGACAUUCUCGCGGCAUUUCAGCUCGCCCGCGGCGCUCCUCCAGCUGGCCCUGUGCAUCUCAUCGCCGACACAUACAAGACAUACCACCCAGAAUACACGCGCCUCAUGCUGUCGACGCCAGACCUAGCUUCCCCUGCCACGGGGCCCGACGCGAGGAAAUGGCUUGCCAUGGCGUCCGAGGAAGUCGUUCGACGGAAUCUAGAUGUCCUUUUGGAGAGUGCUUGUCGCCAUCCUGCUGAUUUUGUGCAAUUGGCCCGUCUUUUCAGCACCGCUGGAUACCGCGUCGAAGUCGUGCUUUUGGCGGUGCCAGCCGCCCUCAGUAGAUUGGGCCUAUUGGUGAGGUUCUACGAGACGUUGCCUGAGGGCCGGUCAAGGAAUUUGCCACUGAGAUUGACACCCACCAAAGUCCACGACGAUUCGUAUGCCGGACUAUUAGACGCAGCGAGGUUCUUGGAUGAGAGCUCUACAGCGCAUCAGGUGCUUGUGGUAAGAAGGGGAAACCUCGUGGCAUACGGCACCGUCGAUGGAGCUUAUGGGAACAUGGUCUAUAGGGGAGGCGUGGAGGAGGCGUUGAAGAGGGAGAGGGAGCGGCCAUUGACGGUACCAGAGAUGAAAACUGCCUUGGAUGAUAUUCAAAGGAUGAGUACGCAUGCUGAUGCGAGUGAGCAGGUAGAACAGGUGAGGAGCAUGCUGAAGCCGCUGAUUGAGAACAGCUCCCAGGAUGGUUGGCCGGAAUUGAAGCCCCUGACUUUUGGCAAGGUUGGUGAAGAAGCAGGUGGGACCUACAAUGUUCUGCGGUUAGGACAAUUGUGA